GACUUCCGGCGCGGAGGGGCGGGGCCGUGCGCGCGGUUGAACCCGCAACUAAGCGGCGAAGGGAGCGGCCAGUGGCCGCAGGGCGCUGUCGCCAUGGAGGCUGUGCCCCGCAUGCCCAUGAUCUGGCUGGACUUGAAGGAGGCCGGGGACUUCCUCUUCCAGCCAGCCGUGAAGAAGUUUGUCCUAAAGAAUUAUGGAGAGAACCCAGAAGCCUACAAUGAGGAACUGAAGAAGCUGGAGUUGCUCAGACAGAAUGCUGUCCGUGUCCCACGGGACUUUGAGGGCUGCAGUGUCCUCCGAAAGUACCUUGGCCAACUCCACUAUCUGCAGAGUCGGGUGCCCAUGGGCUCGGGUCAGGAGGCUGCUGUCCCUGUCACCUGGACUGAGAUCUUCUCAGGCAAGUCUGUGGCCCAUGAGGACAUCAAGUAUGAGCAGGCCUGCAUUCUCUACAACCUUGGUGCACUGCACUCCAUGCUGGGGGCCAUGGACAAGAGGGUGUCUGAGGAGGGCAUGAAGGUCUCCUGUACCCACUUCCAAUGUGCAGCAGGUGCCUUUGCCUACCUGCGUGAGCACUUCACACAGGCGUACAGUGUUGACAUGAGCCGCCAGAUCCUCACUCUCAAUGUGAACCUCAUGCUGGGCCAGGCUCAGGAGUGCCUGCUGGAGAAGUCGAUGUUGGACAACAGGAAGAGCUUUCUCGUGGCUCGCAUCAGUGCACAGGUGGUGGAUUACUACAAGGAGGCGUGCAGGGCCUUGGAGAACCCUGACACUGCCUCACUGCUGGGCCGGAUCCAGAAGGACUGGAAGAAACUGGUGCAAAUGAAGAUCUACUACUUUGCAGCUGUGGCUCAUCUGCACAUGGGGAAACAGGCUGAGGAGCAGCAGAAAUUUGGAGAGCGGGUGGCCUACUUCCAGAGUGCCCUGGACAAGCUCAAUGAAGCUAUCAAGUUGGCCAAGGGCCAGCCUGAUACUGUGCAGGAUGCACUUCGUUUUGCUAUGGAUGUCAUUGGAGGAAAAUAUAAUUCUGCCAAGAAGGACAAUGACUUCAUCUACCAUGAGGCAGUCCCAGCACUGGACACCCUUCAGCCAGUGAAAGGAGCCCCCUUGGUGAAGCCCUUGCCGGUGAACCCCACAGACCCAGCUGUUACAGGUCCUGACAUCUUUGCCAAACUGGUACCCAUGGCUGCCCAUGAGGCCUCAUCACUGUACAGUGAGGAGAAAGCCAAGCUGCUUCGGGAGAUGAUGGCCAAAAUUGAAGAUAAGAAUGAGGUCCUUGACCAAUUCAUGGAUUCAAUGCAGCUGGAUCCUGAGACAGUGGACAACCUCGAUGCCUAUAGCCAUAUCCCACCCCAGCUCAUGGAGAAGUGUGCGGCACUCAGCGUCCGGCCUGACACUGUCAAGAACCUUGUUCAGUCCAUGCAAGUGUUGUCAGGCGUGUUCACGGAUGUGGAGGCCUCCUUGAAGGAUAUCAAGAACCUUCUGGAAGAGGAUGAACUGCAAGAGCAGAAGUUGCAGGAGGCAGUGGGCCAGUCUGGGGCCAGCCCAGCUGUCACCAAAGCUGAGCUGGCAGAAGUGAGGCGAGAAUGGGCCAAGUACAUGGAAGUGCACGAGAAGGCCUCUUUCACCAACAGCGAGCUGCACCGUGCCAUGAAUCUGCAUGUCAGCAACCUGCGCCUGCUCAGUGGGCCACUGGACCAGGUCCGGGCUGCCCUGCCCACACCAGCCCUCACCCCAGAGGACAAGGCUGUGCUGCAGAACCUGAAGCGCAUCCUGGCCAAGGUGCAGGAGAUGCGGGACCAACGCGUGUCUCUAGAGCAGCAGCUGCGUGAGCUGAUUCAAAAGGAUGACAUCACUGCCUCUCUGGUCACCACAGACCACUCAGAGAUGAAGAAGCUGUUUGAGGAGCAACUGAAGAAGUAUGACCAGCUGAGGGUAUACCUUGAGCAGAACCUGGCUGCCCAGGACAACGUCCUUCGUGCACUGACUGAGGCCAAUGUGCAAUAUGCAGCUGUGCGGCGGGUGCUUAGCGAACUGGACCAAAAGUGGAACUCUACACUGCAGACCCUGGUGGCCUCAUAUGAAGCCUAUGAGGACUUGAUGAAAAAGUCACAGGAGGGCAAGGACUUCUAUGCAGACCUGGAAAGCAAGGUGGCUACCUUGCUGGAACGAGCACAGUCUACCUGCCAGGCCAGAGAGGCCGCCCGCCAGCAGCUCCUAGAGAGGGAGCUGAAGAAGAAGCCGCCACCACGGCCUACAGCCCCAAAGCCACUGCUACCCCGCAGGGAGGAGGGUGAGGUGGUGGAGACAGGAGACCCCCCCGAGGAGCUGCGCAGUUUGCCCCCUGACAUGAUGGCUGGCCCACGGCUGCCUGACACCUUCCUGGGAACUGCUACUCCACUCCGCUUUCCUCCCGGCCCCUUCCCCAGCUCCACAGGCCCAGGACCUCACUAUCUCUCAGGCCCCUUACCCCCUGGCACCUACUCAGGCCCUACCCAGCUGAUGCAGCCCAGGGCUUCAGGCCCCCCUGCAAUGCCCAUGGCACCUGGGCCUGCUGUCUACCCAGCCCCUACCUACACACCGGAGAUGGGCCUUGUGCCCCGGUCCUCCCCACAGCAUGGUAUUGUGAGCAGUCCCUAUGGGGGGGUAGGGCCACCCCCAGCAGUUGGUCUGCCUUCAGCCCCACCUCCCCAGUUCUCAGGCCCCGAGUUGGCCAUGGCAGUUCGGCCAGCCACCACCACAGUAGAUAGUGUCCAGGCCCCCAUUUCCAGCCAUGCUGCACCCCGGCCAAACCCCACCCCCACUCCUUCCCAGCCAUGUUUCCCAGUUCCCCCAUCACAGCCCCUGCCCCCACCCUACACCUACCCUAUAGGAACCAAGCCACCCCUCACAGCACCCCCAUCUCAGCACCAUUUUCCUCCUGGCAUCCCAACAGGGUUUCCAGCCCCCAGGAUUUCACCCCAGCCUCAGCCUCCACAGGCAGCAUUUGGACCUCAGCACCCCCAGCAGCCCCUUCCAUUCCAGCAUCCACACCUCUUCCCACCCCAGGCAUCAGGACUCAUACCGGCACAACCCCUAUACCCUUUCACCUCUCAACCUGGUGUCAGCCUGGGGCAGCCACCACCCCCCAUGCACACCCAACUCUACCCAGGCCCUUCUCAAGAUCCUCUGCCCCCACACUCGGGGGCUUUGCCUUUCCCCAGCCCUGGGCCACCUCAGCCUCCCCAUCCCACCCUGGCAUAUGGUCCUGCCCCAUCUCCCAGGCCCCUGGGCCCCCAGGCAGUCCCCCUCUCCAUUCGAGGUCCUCCACCUACUGGCCAGCCCACUCCUAGUCCCCACCUGGUGCCUUCACCUGCUCCAUCGCCGGGGCCUGGCCCCGUACCCUCUCGGCCCCCAGCAGCAGAGCCACCGCCGUGCCUGCGCCGAGGCACUGCGGCUGCAGACCUGCUCUCCUCUAGCCCUGAGAGCCAACAUGGUGGCACUCAGCCUCCUGGGGGUGGGCAGCCCCUGCUGCAGCCUACCAAGGUGGAUGCAGCUGAGGGCCGGCGGCCACAGGCCCUGCGGCUGAUCGAGCGGGACCCAUAUGAGCAUCCUGAGAGGCUUCGACAGUUGCAGCAGGAGCUGGAGUCUUUUCGAGGUCAACUGGGGGAUGCAGGAGCUUUGGAUGCCGUCUGGCGGGAGCUGCAAGAUGCACAGGAACAUGAUGCCCGAGGCCGUUCCAUCGCCAUUGCCCGCUGCUACUCACUGAAGAACAGACACCAGGACGUCAUGCCCUAUGACAGUAACCGUGUGGUGUUGCGCUCAGGCAAGGAUGACUACAUCAAUGCCAGCUGUGUGGAGGGGCUUUCACCAUACUGUCCACCCUUAGUGGCCACCCAGGCCCCACUGCCUGGCACAGCUGCUGACUUCUGGCUCAUGGUGCAUGAGCAGAAAGUGUCUGUCAUUGUCAUGCUGGUGUCUGAGGCUGAGAUCGAGAAGCAAAAGGUGGCACGCUACUUCCCCACUGAGAGGGGCCAAUCCAUGGUGCAUGGAGCCCUGAGCUUGGCACUGAGCAGUGUCCGCACCACUGAAACCCACGUGGAACGUGUGCUGAGCCUGCAGUUCCGCGACCAGAGCCUCAAGCGCUCACUAGUGCACCUCCACUUCCCCACUUGGCCUGAAUUAGGCCUGCCCGACAGCCCAGGUAACCUGCUGCGCUUUAUCCAGGAGGUACACACGCAUUACCUGCACCAGCGACCCCUACACACGCCCAUCAUUGUGCACUGCAGCUCUGGUGUAGGCCGCACAGGAGCCUUUGCACUGCUCUAUGCAGCUGUGCAGGAGGUGGAGGCUGGAAAUGGGAUCCCCGAGCUGCCUCAGCUGGUGCGGCGCAUGCGGCAGCAGAGGAAGCACAUGUUGCAGGAGAAACUACACCUCAGGUUCUGCCAUGAGGCAGUGGUGAGACACGUGGAGCAGGUCCUACAGCGCCACGGGGUGCCCCCGCCAUGUAAAACCUUGGCCAGCAUAAGCAUCAGCCAGAAGGUAAGGAAGGUUCCCUGGGCUGCUGGGGCUUGUGAAUCUCUCUUCUCACCUAUUCUGUCUUCUCAGAAUCACCUUCCUCAGGACUCCCAGGAUCUCGUUCUCGGUGGGGACGUGCCCAUCAGUUCCAUUCAGGCCACCAUUGCCAAGCUCAGCAUCCGGCCCCCUGGGGGCUCGGAUUCCCCUGCUGCCAACAUGUCUGGCCCUGCAGAGCCUCCAGGCCCACCGCCAUCUAGCCUCCCAGAGCCAACCCCCAUCCCAGUCCCACCACCUUCCUCCCCACCCCCCAUUUCUUCACCCUUGCCUGAAGCCCCCCAGCCUGAGGAGGAACAGCCAGUAGCUGAAACCCCCAGCUUAGGGCCCCCCUCCUCCUCCCUGGAGCUGCUAGCCUCCUUGACCCCAGAGGCCUUCUCCCUGGACAGCUCCUUGAGAGGAAAACAGCGGAUGAGCAAGCAGAACUUUUUGCAAGCCCAUAAUGGGCAGGGUCUACGGGCUGCCCGGCCCACUGACGACCCACUCAGCCUUCUGGAUCCACUCUGGACACUGAACAAGACCUGAACAGCAGGCUUUGCCUGCCUGGUCCACACACUACGUCAUCUCUUCCACCCAAACGCCACAAGACUUCUGUGGGUGGGCACAGUCUCUUAACUCCCAUUCCUGCUGCCUUUAGCCCCACCAGGCCCAGCCGGCAGCCUUUUGGGUAGAGAUACUUAAGGCCCUGGGCCAGGUUCUGCUCCUUUGUGAGACUUGACAUUUUCCAGCUCUUUGCUAUUAAAUAAACGAACCUGUUCUGCUGUA